GGUCAACUCGACCCAAUACAACGUUCUAUAUAUUAUUAUCUGACUUCAAUUAAAUGUGCAAGACCGCCAAGAAUUGUUAUUGUUACCUAUCGUUUGUUUAUACUAAAGCAAAAUAUCUAAUAAGCAAUAAUUCAUAAUUAGAACAAUUGUAUAUAUAACUAAAACUCCGAAUUACCCAGACAGACUUUACAUAGUUCCUGUUGUAAUUUUUUUCGCUCUCAAAAUGCACAUUAAACGAAUAAUUUUUGCCAUAUUUCUUCAAGUUAAAGUGUCUCUAAGUCAGAAAGACUUCAGCCAAGUUUUUCCCGAAAUUUUUCAUAUGGAAAACUACGAAAAGUGUGUGGAUAAGCAAGAAAAUAUUUAUUGUAAUGUGAACAUGGAAAUAAUACCUUCUACUGGAGAUAUAUCUACGUGGAAACAUUUUGAGGGCAUGUUACAUCAAAAUUUGAACUAUAACAGAUCAAAAAUUCAUAGGGGUGUAUGUAUACCGUCACAUUUGACAGAUUUCGAUACUAAGAAACGCAAUAUUGAAGAAAAAAUUUCUAAAGAAAUGAAACACUAUAAAAUAAAUUGCACUGUUUUGAGCUUAUCUUGCAAAGAUGAAAAUGUAUUUAUUAUAACUUGGAAAGACUUAUUUCUUAUGGUUUUUGCGGGUUAUUUGGCAUUAGUAAUGUAUGCAACAUUGUUAGACAAUUUUAAAGAAAAAUAUCAUAAAGAUCCAUGGUUCCAUUAUCUAUCUUUGACCAGAAACUUUCGACUGAUUACUAGUGAUAAGAAUCCCGAUUACCAGAAAUUAAAAUCUAUUCAAGGUUUUCGCACACUCUAUACAUGUUUAGUUAUAGUAUGUCAUACAUUUAUGUCAUGGGGAAAUUUUUACAUAAAUAACACCACCAAGAUGGAAGAGUUAUACAGUAUGAUGAUCUUUCGUUUAGUAUUAAUAUUAUUCGUAUUGAUCGUGCAAGCCUUUUUUGUUAUAUCCUCGUGGCUUUUAACCAAUCAUAUCCUGGAAAUGUAUAAGAAAAAUGGAAAAUUCACUCUCAAAGAUGCGGCAGUGCUGUUCGUCAACAGGAUAGCCAGGUUUUGGCCUUCGUUGAUUGUUAUGAUUCUAACACUUAUCAUUACGUCAAGUUACUGUAACGGCGCGUUGACAUUUGAGGUGGUCAACAUCAUCAACAAUUCCUGUUCGAAUAAUUGGUGGGCAACAAUUUUCCAAGUAACAAAUUUGUUAGAGACUGAUCAAGUGUGUAAUAUUGGUAUGUGGUCAUUAUCCUUAGAUACCCAGUACUAUUUGAUUAACUUGGCAAUACUGUAUAUCUCAAUAAAUUAUAAAUGGAGUCUGCCAAAAAUCGUAGUUACUCUCUUUUUUGGCCUCUAUGCAGUUAAUUCCUGGAUAUUCUAUAAUAAUAAUUACCCAACAUUGUACUGGAUCAACCUAGAGAACACAAAAAGAUCCGUAUUUUUUUCUAACAAAGACUUGAACUAUACUUAUUUUGGAUUCUUAAUAAACUGGGGUUCAAGUUUGGUUGGUGUCAUUUUUGGCUAUCUAUAUUUUACAAGAAAACAGCAGCCAAAAAUAAAGAUCUGGGAAAAAUCAUUUGAAUUUUUUUUCUAUGCUCUGCCAGUAUUAGUUUAUGUUUUGAGUUACCCAGAAGCAUCUAGGUUGUUAUCUGCUAUUUUGGGACCCUUAAUGAAAUCUUUAUAUGGACUAGGAGUAGCUAGUGGUAUAUACGGAAUGUCCCGAAACAUUAUACAGGGAUGGCCAAAAAAAUUUUUUGAAAACAAGUAUGUUGUUUUGUUAGGAAAUUUUACUUUUUCCACAUACAUUUUCCAUUUUGGUGUUGUUUUUAUGAAAAAUUCUCGACUGAGUGGCCUUAUCGAUAUUAAUGAGUUCACUGUAGCAAAAUCGCUACUUUUUGACCUGAUAGUGUCCUUUACAAUUGGAAUAUGUUCAGCGUUGGUUAUAGAACAGCCAGGAAUUAAUAUGAAGAAGUUCUUUUUACCUCAAUUAGCAAAAAAUGUAAAGAAGCUUACGAACAGUGAUAAUAAAAUCAAAUAAAUAAAUCAUUAUAAUUAUUAUUUAA